CGGCUGGAUAUUCUGUAGGGAUGACAUACAAUAUCGAUUUGAUUAGUUUUACCUUGGGGAAAAAAUUACUUGGAAGGGGAAGAAUAUACGUUGUCCGGCGAGCAACCGGCGGCCGGGGAAAUGGAUACCUUCAGAGGUUUGUUUUCUGCAUAUAAGGUUUCCUUUCAGUGGAGGGAAUGUGUAACGUGCAUGCCACGCCACGCACUGGGAUCGGAAGAUUGUAACGGUAAACAAAGACAAAAUCAACUUUGCUUGGCAAAGAAAGACAAAGCAAGCAGCUUCAUUCAAUUCUAAUGUGUAUAUGUACAAAUAGCACCUCCUGGAUCUGCCUUCAAAUUAUCGGAAUCAUUUGAUCUCUUGUUCCUCCAUAUCGGUAGCCUUCAGGUAGUACUUGCUGAUCUGAUUUCUUCCACGUAUGUAUGCAUGUUAUUUAUUUCGCAUAUUAAUUCAAUGAUUUGAUUUCUGAGUACACAACAAUUACGUAAUAACUACUGUGUAACUGAUUGAUGAACGGAAUUAGUUGUAAAGUUGAUGAGAUUUCGAUAAUAUCUGAUAAUAUGUGCAUGUAACAUCGAUUAAUGUUGGUAUAAUCUGGUUGGAAUAAUGUAUUUUCCAGAACAAACUGAUCAAACAAACAAACAAAAAAAUGGUGGGAACGAUAUACAGCCUCAACUCCGACAACAGGAGCCACUUCAUCUUCCUCAGCAUCUUCACCCUCUCCAACAACGACAUCUACGUGGAUCACCUAGAGAACAACAAGUGGAUUCCCGUCGCCGGCAUCGGGGAAUCCCUAACCUUGAAGGAGCUGGAAGUCAACGGCACCGUCCUCCGCGGCGACGCCCUGGCCCGACUCCUAGCCGACCUGAGGCCCAGGAACGACAAAACCGACUACAACCUCCGCGUCAACUGCGACGGCGCGUGCUACAUCCACAACGGCAAGGCUCAGGACUUCGACGGGACCAAGCUCAGCAGUAGCGUCGUCUUCGACUGGUCCAAGUACGGGGUUAGGACCGCCGUGCAAGACGAGCUCGAGGACAGACUGCAAAUCAAGGAGGUCGUUAACAGGCAACUUCUCGAUCAGGUGAAAAACCUAGAAGAGGAGUUGGUGAAAUGCAAAACGGUUGUAGAAGAGAAAAAUGUUGACUUGGAGUCAACGAGGCUGCAAUCUGAGCGGGCAAAUAAGGAGAUCGGCUUGAUCUCGGGGGAGUUGGAGAAGAAGAAAAUGGAGGGAGAUCAUCAUGAGAAGGUGAUGGAAGCCAUGGACAAGGAGGUGAGAGGGUGGAAGUUACAGGUGAGAGAUAGAGAGGAGGAGCUAGGGUUUUGCACAAGGCGUUUGGAGAGAGUGGAGAAGGUUGUGGUGGAGAUGGAGGGUAUGUUGGAAGAGAAGGAAAGAGUUAUUAGGAUGGUGAAGUUGGAAGUGAAGGAGGUUAGGGAAGAGCUAGGGUUUUAUAAGAGGGUGCUGGAGAAGAAGUGCAGGGCGAUCGAGGAGCUGGAAGACGAGGUGGAGGUGAAGAGGAAGGAGGCGAGGAGGUUGGAGUCGAGGUUGGGUGAUAAGGAGGAAGAGGUUGGAGCGGUGAAGAGGCUGUUGAAGGAGAAGAAGGAGGUGGAGGAAGGUGAGAAGGGUAAGGAAAUAGAGUGGUGUAGGUUUCAGCUGAAGGUUAAGGAGGAAGAGCUUUGUGUUUGUAAGAAUUUGUUGGAGUGGAAGGAUAAGGUGUUGGAGAUGAAGGAUAGGGUUUUGGAGGAGAUGGAAGUUGGGAGGGAUGUUGUGGAACUCGAAUUGUAAUUCGUUUGUGAAAUUCAUAUCAAAAGGGUAAAAAUAAAUGAAUCAAACUCAAUUCGAUUUGUACUUUUGGUUAUCAAUUGUAAAAUACGAUUGAGUUUUAUGUGUUUAUUAACGUGUUUCAAAUGUUUUCAAAAGCACCCGUUCCAACGGUUCUGUAUGUCUGUGAACACCAUAAUCGGAUUGCUAUUAAGAUGAGAUAAACUAAUAGAUUCUUACAAAGAUGCAUUGCCCCAAGUCUCACUCAUUCCCACUUUGAAUGUAUAAACUGUGAAGAACGAAUCGGAGUAAUUGACAAUACUAGAGAGACAAUGAUAGCAAGAAAAAAAAAAGAACACAGAUUCAUAUGGUUCAAUAACACACUAUGUGUUAGUAAGUCCACGAGCAGAAAAGAGUUAUUUUCACUAUACUUGAGGAGAUUAUAGAUUACAGGAGGAUUGAGAAAUACAUAUUGUACUUCUCCAAUUAGUCUAACACUAAUCCAAUCCGAUAAAGAAUAUGGUUACAG